GCGAUCGAUAUCUUUUGCUAAUGAAAUAUCAGUUGAAAUUGAAAAGCAACCAGUUCAGUUCUUUGUUAUUGACGGCUCUUCGAUUAUCAUCAAAACAGUUUUAAUUCAAUUAUAUUUUAAUCAUGUCCAAAGGUAUGUCUCAAUCUGACAGCACCUUUUACAAUGCUUCAGAUGAUACUUUUGAUGUUUCAUCUGAUUCCAAUCUUGCCGAUUAUGCCAACAUGGAUCCAGAGCAAAAGGCUGCUUUAGAAGAAGAAUGGCGAACAGAGCUGGCAAGGACCGAGGAAGAAAUUCAAACAUUGAGACAAGUUCUUUCAUCAAAAUUACGCCAUGCAUCUGAAUUGAAAAAGAAACUUGGCAUCUCUGUUUGGCGAGAGUUUCGAGAUGAUAUUGGUCAAGGGGUAAAGAGUAUUCAAGAAUCAACAGCUUCUGGGUUUGGAAUACUCUCAGCUCCAACCUCAGCGUAUCAAAAAACCACGGAAACAGUUAAAACAGUUGGUGAAAGGACAACAUCCGUUUUAGGAAGUCUCGGUGGUAGUGUUGCUCGAAAAUUAGGAGAAGUAAAAAAUUCCAAUGCAUUCAAAUCAUUUGAAGAACGAGUCGUUUCAGCAACUGGAAAUCUCAAGGAUCGAAUGACCGGUUCCAGAAGUAAUAGCACCAAUAGUUUUGAAGAUGCUCUCAACAGUGAACGAAGGACUUCACAAACAGCAACACCAGCAACUACCCCCACCAUACCAGAAGAUAAAUCACUUUCUUAAUUGAUAAAUCAAAAACAAAAAUAAUAAUAAUGGAUUUUUCUGGAUCCUGUUUGCGAAUGAAAAUUUCUGGGAUGGAUAAUAAAGAAAACGAGUUUUAGAUGUUUAACUAUUGUUCAAGAGACAAAGAUUCGGACUUCAAAAGACUCAAUAAUACAAAAUAAAAAUCGAAAGAAAAAUCUGCCAUCAUGCAUCAUCACCUCACCAGUGAAAAGCAUUGACAGCAAACAAUUCAAAAGGCAAAAAAACAAAAAAAUCACUUAAUUAUACACUUGCAGAUAACCAGGGAAUGAAAAAAAAACUACAAAAUAUUAAUAACGAUAGGUUGAUACAAGAAACAGAGAAAGGUGCUUGAAAAAUUGAUCCCAAUCAAUUGAUUCAGAGAUUAUAGGAGUUUAAUUUUCACAUUCAUCUUUGAGUUAUGAAAAGCAUCAGGUAAACUUGUUUAAAACUUGAUUCUGGUUUUGUUUAUGAUGAAAAGUCAAGUUUAUUAUGCACUUCAAUUUGAAUAUACUUGUAUUUAAACAUAUGCACUAAACAAGCAAAUCUAGGGAGAAAGAAAGCGUCAGAACUCACUACACAAAUAGGGCUGAUUGUUAGGGAUAUGAUAAUAAUUUCUGAUGACGAUGAAAAAUAACUUGUGAUUAAAGUCAACUCUGAACUUGAGCACCAUUGUUAAGCUCAGUGAGACUUAAAUAAUAUCAGAAAUUGAUUAACCAUAUUCACUCAAAAUUUGGUGCUUUCUCAACAUUCCUUUAUUUUUAUGUUAAAAAUAAAGAUCUAAUAUUCAGAGUUUUAUUCAAAAAAAAGCAAACUAAAGUUAUUAACCCUUAAAGAUAUUCAUAAACAAAACUAAAAAAAGUGAACAAGGUUGUUGAUUCUUUUCUAUUCUUUGUGUUCUCAUCAUUCUUUAGAGCACAUUUCUCUUAUUCUUUUGUUGGGUAUUUUAUACUAAUUUUGUUAUCAAUUGUUAUUAUUAUCAUCAUAAUGUUUAACACUCUCACACUUACAUAAAUUGUACACACACAUCAUAAAUGUCUCAACAAUUUGAAUUUAGACUCUCGUCGAGAAAAUUGUUUUACUUUGUCAUUCUGUGUUUUAUUUAUAUGUGUGUUUAUGAUUGUCACAAUUGCUACUCAUUCACAUUGCUUCCACUAAUUUAAAUCGUCAUCAACAUCAACCAGGAUCAUUAUAUUUACCUACUUCGCACUUUUGAAGAAAUUUAUGGAUUAAUUAGAGAUAUUGGUUUCGAUUAAGUUGAAAAAAAGAUUCAUUCUCAACCAUCUGAAUCUGGAUUUUCAUCUUUUCAGAUCUCUAAACUCUACACUUUCCAUCUCUUCACGAACAAAUUGAGAUUGGUUUUCAUUUCAAACUUAAAAUCUAUCGAUCACUAUUCUUCCUUCUAAUCACAAUUUUUCCUCCUUUAAACUUACCUUGAUUAUUUGCAAAUUUUGAACGAACAAAUAUGUUUAUCGAUUCUCUACUAUUUAACGUUUGAUUUUUCAGCUCACCGGUGUUUAAAACAAUGUGUGUUGAUCGUUUGCCCUUUAAUCUUAUUCAUUCAAUUCUGUUAUAUUUAUUCAAUUACUUGUCACGCCCGUGAUGACAAUUUAUCAAAUAAAGAACACGAUUGGGUUUGAUUUA